AUGCAUCCUCACUCGACGGCGACGAUGGGAGCCUUUGCCACUGGCGCUGGUGCGACAUCCACCAACAGAAAACAACAUCAUCACCUUCGUCGUUAUUUGAACACGUUUUCAACUAACAAAAAUAAUAAAACGAGAAGAAGAAGUAGUAGCAGAAGAAGAAAGGGAGACGAAAGGAGAACGAUGGUAUCGGCGAAAUACUCGUCAGGUUUACAGAAGUUGGAAAACUGCGUGGACUCUGGUCAGUUCGAUCGUCCAAUGAUGGAAGAGUUAUUCACAAUCGCGGACGAGAUGGCCAAAGUGAAACCCGGCUCCAAGGACUCUUUGUUGUUGCAAGGCUAUUUGAUGUCAACGCUGUUUUACGAAGCUUCCACGCGUACGAGAUUAUCGUUUGAAUCAGCCAUGGGAAGAUUAGGUGGAGGAAUUGUAUCCACGGAAUCAGCUGGUGAGUACUCCUCCGCGGCGAAAGGCGAAACGUUAGAAGAUACCAUGCGCACGGUGGAGAGUUACUGCGACAUUGUUGUUCUCAGACACUUCCAAGCCGGGUCCGCGGCAAAAGCGGCAAAAGUUAUGCGGGCGCCGUUAAUCAACGCUGGCGACGGUCCGGGCCAGCACCCAACGCAAGCGUUAUUGGACGUGUACACCAUUCAAAAAGAGAUUGGUCGAUUGGAUGGUUUUAAAAUAGCAUUCGUCGGCGACUUGGCCAACGGGAGAACCGUGAGAAGUUUAGCGAUGGCGUUGACAAAAUUUAACGACGUGGAGUUUUUCUUCGUGGCCCCAGACGUGGUAAAAAUGAAAGACGACAUCAAGCUGUUCCUGGACGAGCGAGGCGUGAAGUGGUCGGAAAGUACGGAUUUGAUUGCCACGGCGAAGAAAGUGGACGUGAUGUACCAGACGAGAAUUCAAAAAGAACGCUUCGGCGACAGAUUGGACGAUUACGAAAAGGCUAAAGGAAAGUAUAUAAUCGAUCAAUCUGUGAUGGAUGCUUUGUCGGAUACAGCCUGCGUGAUGCACCCCUUACCGAGAGUCGAUGAGAUCGACCCAGCGGUUGAUGGCGAUAAAAGAAGUGCGUAUUUUCGCCAAGCGCAAAACGGAUUGUUCGUGCGCAUGGCUUUAUUGAAGGUACUGCUAUUGAAGUGA